AUGGUGGCACGACGCGAGUCAUGUGUGCUUGUCGCAUCUGAAGAACAUUCAGUUGGCACGCUUAUUGCUAAUGCAAGCAGCUUUAGUGGAAGCGUGAAUGGUAGUGACUUCUGCAACGGCACUGCAACCGAGAAUAUUUCUCCUGGUAUAUCGAUACAACCUACCGGCCUCCGACAACCAGAGGUUACACUAAUCAAUUCAAAAGUUGAAGGAAAUGCUUCUUCACCCCUGUCAUUACUCCCCAUCACCCCUUUAGCCGCUUCCAGCAAUUCUUCAGAGGCUUUGCCUGGAUGUCCGUCGCCCAACAGAUCAGGGCCACGCGAUGUUUCCCGUACACUGUCGCAAUCAGCUUAUGAAACAGGUUAG